GCGGAGUUUAUUUAUUUACAGAAUGAUUAUUUUAAAUAAUCGUUUGUAAUAGAACUUGUAUUGUGUUUUCAGAAUUCAGUUAUAUAGCUUUCCUCUGUAAUUACUUCUACCAAAAAAGUAUUCAAUUGAAGUUUAAUUUCGUUAAGUUUUUUCAGUUUCCUUUUUAAUGCAGGUUAUCAUUGAAUCCAAUUGAUAAGUAUCAAAAGAACUGUAGACCAGAACAUGCUCUAAACGAAAUAAUUAUGGAAGAUGAGUUAGAAGAUCGAAUAUUCUAUCAAUCAUUUAAUAUACAUAUGAAGUUGAUAUCUAAAUUUGUGGUGGGUCUUCCCCUUAAUUCAUCCCACUUGAACCAUUUCUGGAGACUGUUUAGAUUAUACAUCAUCAAACCUGAAGUUUUACUUUUAGGCUUAUUAAUGAUCAUUGUGUUUGUUUACAUUCAAGCUGUGGAAGUUUGGAGUCGAAGCCUAGUUAAUAAACUUCGAUUGUCUUUAAGUCGUUCUGCUCAAUCUAGAAUCCAUAAGUCACAGUUCUUUAACGGUGAUGUUGAAAGCUCUAGUUGGGAUUUAAGGGAAGAUUCGGUUGCCGUAUAUGCAGUACAAGGAAGAAGAGCUAAAAUGGAAGAUCGCUUUGUAAUUAACAAAAAUAUUGAUGGAACUGGUGUAUCUCUUUUUGCAGUUUUUGAUGGCCAUGGUGGUGAUUUUGCGGCAAAUUAUGCUCAUGAUCACUUGAUUGAGAAUCUUAGUAAAAAAAUAAAAGAAUUAAAGAAAUUAAUUAUGAAUGGUUCAAUUGAGAAACCAGUACUUGGUAAACCUCCACCUUCUCCAAAACCUACUCUGCGAAAAAGUGUAAUUUUAGAAAGAAAAUCUAGUCUUAAGAGAGGUAGUACUGAAGCUGAAGAAGCCAUCAAAAGAGCUGGUGGCUUAAAUGAUCCAUUACUUCUUGAAAAAUUAGAAUCAUAUUCUCGCACCAUUACACGGGAAGUUAAGCCAUCAAGAACACCUAUUGUUCAAUAUCCUACUCCUGAGUUAACUAGUUAUAUUGAAGGCAAUAUGUCAAUUAACUAUGGUCGUCUAUUAAGUGAUGAAGUUCUAGCUGUGGAUCGGUUACUUGUGGAAGCUGCUAAAAAAAAUUUGGAUGUUGCAGGAACCACUGCCCUGAUAGCUGUAAUGGAAGGUUCAAAGUUAAUAGUUGCUAAUGUUGGUGAUUCAAGAGGUGUGAUGUGUAAUUCUAAAGGGAAAGCUAUACCACUGUCUUUUGAUCAUAAACCUCAACAGAGUCGAGAGAAAAAACGCAUCGAAGAAGCUGGUGGCAGUGUAAGUUUUAACGGUGUUUGGCGUGUUGCUGGAAUCCUUGCUACAUCUCGAGCACUUGGAGAUUAUCCUUUAAAGGAUAGAAAACUAGUCAUAGCUGAUCCUGAUAUACUCACUUUUGAAUUGGGUGACCAUAAACCUGAAUUUAUCGUUCUGGCCUCAGAUGGUUUAUGGGACACAUUUUCUAAUGAAGAGGUUGUUUCAUUUAUAAGGACACGCCUUCAUGAGCCUCACUUUGGUGCCAAAUCCAUCACUCUUCAGUCUUACUACAGAGGAUCAUUGGAUAAUAUAACUGUUCUAGUCAUCAAUUUAAGUGACUAUAAAUGGCCAUAAGUAUAAAAUAUAAAUUAAUAUAUUUACAAACAAUUAAGUACUAUUAUACAUGUGGGCCAUUACCAACAUAGGUUUAAAUUAAAGGGAAAACAUAUUAAAACACUAUAACAUCGCUGUUUCGGUAUGAAUUAAAUCAAUGAAAUCACUUUUUAUUAGUUAAAGACGUGAAACUUUUUUUUAAUUUUUAAUAUGCUUUAAAUUUUUGAAAAGUAGAAAACAAAAUUUAACUGCUGCCGUUUUAUUUAAAAAAAAAAUGUUUUUCAUUAAUUAUUUAUUAGUGUUUCCUAAAAAUUUAAUUGAGAUUGAAAUAUGUAUUUAUAUACAUUUCUUUACAUUUAUCCCUACAAUAAAAAAUAAUAGCGAUAAUUAAAUGUGUAACAGAAAAAUUGUUAUAAGUUGACUUCUACUUUUUAGUAAAAUAAAAAAAAAUUGCUUUGUUCAUUAUAAAAGGGAGGGGCCAGACAGGAUUCUAAUUUGCUACUUAUGAGCAAUUCAGUAAUGUAAAUUCAUUAAUAUGACAAUUGAUGUUCUAGUAUAACGUACAUUAAUUGUGCAUAAACAUAUAGCUAAAUUAUUUUAUUUAUGCUGAAUGUAAAGAUAUGCAUGGAUUUUAAAUUUACAACAGUUUAUUUAAAUAGUUACCAGUAAGAUUUUUUAAAAAUCACUGUAUCACAAUAUAAAGAUGUUACUAUUAAAGAAUGGAGUAUUAUUUGUUAAAUAAUUGAUUUCAUAUCCUAUAUAAAUUGCUCAUGAAUUAUUUUAUUGUAGUACUUAAUUUUAUAGUUCACGUUGAUUAUAUCUUUUUUGAUCUUGAUAAUAAUUAACUUUGGUCAUAUAACCAAUCAGCAUUAUGAAAUUUACCAUUAGUUAUAUAUAUAUAUGAUUUUUAUUUUUGUGUUAAUUAUGUUCAUUCUUUGAUAAGAUGAGGAUAUAUCAAUACUAAUAACAUUAAUGUAAGACAUUUUUAUUUAUCAAAACAGAAAAUAAAAGAGGAAUGUUGUGUCAAGAUAUCUCCUUUAAGACCAUAGAAAUGAAUAGCAAAAACUUCAAAUUAGUUCUGAGUUUUAAAUGCAAAAAAAAGUGUUUGUUAAAGAUUUACUUUACUUAAUAAAAAAUGUAAUAUAGUGAAGUUGCUUAAGUAAAGGAAUUCGUUUUGACUUGGAUAUUUUUACUAUACCAAGCAUUUGUUUUUUAAUAUGGAGACAAAAAUAUUUAGAAAUCACCCUGCUAACUUACCCUUCUACAUCAAAUUUAUAAAACAUCCUGUAAUUAAUUGCUUAUUUACUAUUUAGAAUAUCUAAUUUUAAAAUCUCAAAUUAAUAAAAAUAAGAAAGAUUUAUCAAUUCUAAAAUAUAUGCAGAAUUACAUAUUGUGCUAUUUAAUUAUAAUAAAACUUUAAUUAUAACUUGCGGUAUAAUAUGCAAAGCUAAAUACUGAUAAAAAAAUAUUUGAUUUGGUUUUCCUUAAAUUAAAAAUAAUUUUUUAUGGCAUAGGAAACAUUAUAAAAGAG